AUGGCGGAGGUACAAAACGGAGCUGGCGCUGAGAAGCUCUCUGCGGUGGCUUUCACGGCGGUGAAGCCAUGGGUUGUGGUGGAUGCACCGAAAGCCAGCGACGCCGUGCAGUUUUACAAGACGGCCUUUGGAGCCGAGGAGCUGAGCCGCGUCAUGCACCCCAAGAGGAAGGCUGAUCAAGAGAUUCCGCUUGUUCUCUCUGCUGAACUCAAGAUCGGCUCUGCUAUUGUUGUUGUAUCGGACCUCAUUGAUGACGACUCUGCUCCGGUCAAGUCUGCUGUAACCGAAGGUGUGUUCUGCCUUGAGACUGAGGAGGUGGAACCUGCCUUGUCCCAGGCGGUGAACGCCGGCGCCACUGCGGAAGGAGAGAUAUCCGAGGGUGACAGCGCGUGCUGCGGUGGGCGCGUGGGUAAGGUGAAGGACCCUUAUGGUAAUAUCUGGCUUAUCUGCUCUCCCCCGAAGAAAUGCGCUGACGUGGCAGCUUGA